UCUCCUGCCUUCUUCCUCCUCAUUUUUACAGCCGCUGUGUUCAAACAGACGCCUCUUUCUUCACUCUCUCUCUCUCACUCCUCCUCUUUUUCUUCUCUUUCUUUACCUUUUACGCUUACGAGUUCAGGCAAUGGGGGGCUGCCCCCCCCCCCCCAUUCGCUUUGUGGUUUCUUUGCAAUAGCCAUGAAUUUGGGGACAAGUCCUUGAUGUUGGGAAUCGGUGUGACGUGAGGUGUAAAGGUAACCACACAUUCAAACAAAGGCCCCCCCACCCCCACAAAACCUCAAAGACCCUCCUCAGUUUGCUGGGAGAACCCUCCUCCCAACUGCAGUGUGCAAUGUUGGUUCUCUGGGGCCAGAUCAUGUUACCACUUGAGCUUCUGAAGAUCUCCGCGUCGUGUGAUAAGGGCCAGAGCUCCUGCGAUGCAGCGGCUGUCGGUCUCGGGUUCUCAGACAGCACAGAUCCUGGAUGAUUUCCGCCCAAACACACCCCCACCCCCGUCCCUGGUUACGGUGGGAGUUCUGGCCUUUUCCUGAUGCUUUCCGUCUCGGCGACUCUCUUUGGAGCUGGAGGCUGAGUUGGCUUUGAGGUCAUCAUGCAGGAUGCACAUUGCUGAAGGCACAGACUGUGGGUCCCAGGAAGACCAGGAGACACGCAGCCUGCUCGCCCUGCGCCCUGUGCCCUGCGCCCUGCGUCCGGCCCCGGGAGAGCCAAUAGCAGUCGUGUUGUCUUCAUAUGGUGCCUAAUUUAGUCGAGCCUAAUUUAAGCAGGAUGUGAUGAGUUUGCGAUUUAUUGCCUGGAGAAAUUGAUGUGAGUUCUGUGAUUAUGCGGCUGGUAGCGAAGCGUUCAUGCAGUAAUGUUGCACAACGCAAGCUCAUACGACAGAGAUCAAGCAACCCCCCCCCCCAGGUCUGUACCAUUACGUGACUUGGGAGUUCACGCUCCGACGCACAUGAAGGGGGGGGGGGGUCCGGAGAGUGCUGUACUUUGGGAAGACUCAUUUGUUUUACAUGGUGUUCCGGGGAGUGGGGGAGGUAAUGGCCCUUAGUGACUGAGUGGAUUAGGAUGAGAUGGGAGGGGUCCCUGGAAUGGGGGGGGGUGAUAGGGAGCUGUUUGCACAGGACCCAUCUAUGCCAAUGGAUACAUUCCAUAGGAGGUGGAACUGGCUGUAAAUCACUGCACUGCCCCCCCCACCCCCCAAUGUGGCACUCUGAGGGGACUGUCACCCUCGACGACAGACCUGCUCCAUCUAAUGAAAAAUUCUUUAAUAUAUAUACAUGUUUUCAUCACUCAGCAACUCUCACCUUUAUUCACACUGCUAGGUAUUUUCCUGGAAAAACUCUGGUAUGAGAGGUGUGGGUUAUAUCAGGCAUGGAGGCUCUCGUAUGGCCCGGCAGAGAGAGGUGGAGGUUAUAUCAGGUAUGGAGGCUCUCGUAUGGCCCGACAGAGAGAGGUGGGGGUUAUAUCAGGCAUGGAGGCUCUCGUAUGGCCCGACAGAGAGAGGUGUGGGUUAUAUCAGGCAUGGAGGCUCUCGUAUGGCCCGGCAGCGAGAGGUGGGGGUCAUAUCAGGUAUGGAGGCUCUCGUAUGGCCCGGCAGCGAGAGGUGGGGGUUAUAUCAGGUAUGGAGGCUCUCGUAUGGCCCGGCAGAGAGAGGUGGGGGUCAUAUCAGGCAUGGAGGCUCUCGUAUGGCCCGGCAGCGAGAGGUGGAGGUUAUAUCAGGUAUGGAGGCUCUCGUAUGGCCCGGCAGAGAGAGGUGGGGGUUAUAUCAGGUAUGGAGGCUCUCGUAUGGCCCGGCAGAGAGAGGUGGGGGUCAUAUCAGGUAUGGAGGCUCUCGUAUGGCCCGGCAGAGAGAGGUGGGGGUUAUAUCAGGUAUGGAGGCUCUCGUAUGGCCCGGCAGAGAGAGGUGGGGGUCAUAUCAGGCAUGGAGGCUCUUGAAUGGCCUGCAGCGAGAGGUGGGGGUCAUAUCAGGUAUGGAGGCUCUCGUAUGGCCCGGCAGCGAGAGGUGGGGGUUAUAUCAGGUAUGGAGGUUCUCCCACGGCCUGGCAGUCGCCUGUACGACCGGGAAACGCAAGUGUAUCUUCAGUCGCCAUUAACCUGUGCCCCCCCCCCCCCCAGAAUCCCUGGAGAAGUGGGAGCGGCUGACGGUGGCAGAUGCCCUGGAGCCCGUGCAGUUUGAGGAUGGAGAAAAGAUCGUGGUUCAGGGGGAGCCCGGCGAUGACUUCUUCAUUAUCACAGAGGGCACAGCCUCUGUGCUCCAGCGCCGUUCCGACAACGAGGAGUAUGUGGAGGUGGGCCGUCUCGGACCCUCCGACUACUUCGGAGAGAUCGCCUUGCUGCUGAACAGGCCGCGGGCGGCCACAGUGGUGGCACGCGGACCGCUGAAGUGUGUCAAGCUGGACCGACCACGAUUUCGAGCGCGUGCUGGGGCCCUGUUCCGAGAUCCUGAAGAGGAACAUCCAGAGAUACAACAGCUUCAUCUCCCUGACCGUGUGACAGGGGCAAGGGGCAGCCGUGCGGGAAG